AUGUUCGAAAAUGUGUAUUCUAUAUCACAAAAUAUUGACGAGACCAUCACAAGACGGCUUGGCUGCCUUCUUGCUGGCUACUCAAUAGAACAGCACUUUCCAGAACUUCAACAAAUACUUCCUCAGCCUUUAAUUCCUGACCUAAAUUCAGAGCCAAAACACAACAGACUUUCCAACCUACAAUUUGACCAUCAGCUUCUCCAAGAAUGAAAAGACAUGCUCUCGCUGCUCCAUCUUGUAAAUCAAGACCGAAUCCGUCUUCGAGAACUCAAUUUUGAGCUCCUUAGCAUCAUCAAUAAAGGAAAUCUUCCUUCCACGGAUUUUGGAGCAUUUCUUGCCCGAAGCCAACUUAUUAAUUACGAAAUUGUGAAAAAAUCAUUAGAAAAAGAAAAAGAAAAAAAUGAGGAAUUGCUGAAAAAAUUCCACAAAAGUAUAGACCAAGGCACUCAAACGGAAGAAAAAACGGUAAGUGUCCCAGAAAUAAAUUUACCGAGGAUCGAUGUCCUUGAUUUAUCAUUUAAGGAAACUUCACCUACGCCGCUUAGUACGAGGGUUCAUUCAAGGAUGGGCUCAGAUGUAUCUAUGUGCUCGUGACAAAGCACGGAUAGUAUAGAUAUGUCAAUACUUAAUACAAGCAGAUCGUCAACGAGAACUUCUACAAUAGUUCCGACUAGUAAACUACCAGGGGCUGGGGGAAAUAUUAAUAGAGGGAACAAGACUAGGGCGACCUGUGUAAAGCUUGGGAGCAGAAUUGGGAAACCAAAAAAUUAA